AUGGACCUCUUCCUCAACGACAUCCUCCAAAGACGCACCCCAGGUACAUGCCGCAUCGCCUACGACGAUGCCGACCUCCGCUACUUCAUCGAAGGCCGCCAAGAUCGCCACUUCCGCAGCCCAACCACCCAGCUCGUCACCUCCAUCCUGGACAAGAUCUGGCUGCACGACUUCCAGGGCAGCGGCAAGACGUUCCUGGCCGGCACGGCAGUCGAACAACUCAUCAAGUGCGCCUCGUCCCUCGAAGCGGUAUGCUACUACUUCAUCACACUGCACGACGUUGCUACGCAGAAGCCCGAAAACGUCCUAAGAACGCUCUUGUGCCAGCUCGCGCAACAGAGUUUCGCGGCGUAUCGCGAGCUGCGCAAGUGCGUGCUGGAGGCUGCUCCACCGGGGGUUUGUGCGGAGAUGGGGUACGCCUGGGAUGGGGGGUUCGACUACUUGUACUAUCGGCCGCUGCUGCAGCUGUUUGAGAGUAUGACUAGGCAUUUUACGAGGGUGACGCUGGUGGUGAAUAACAUUACGAGGUAUGGGGGCAGGGAGGACCUGGAUGCGUGGGAGGUGGUGGUGCAGGUGUUUGCGGAUGUUGUUAAGCGGACGGGGAGUCGGCUUAGGGUGUUGUUUACUAGUGAUAAUGGCGUGCGGGAUGGGGAGUUGAUGGUGAAUGAGUGUGACUUUUGUCCCAUAUUUGCGAGGGUUUCGGAGGAGGAGUUGAGGUUGUAUGUGAGGGGGCAGCUGGAGAGGAGGAUUGCUGGCGGGGAGGAGUAUCUGAGGUCAGAGGAGGUACAGAGGUGGUUGGAGGAUUAUUUGGCGAUACAUUCGAAUGGAAGUUUCACGUGGAUCAACGCACAACUUGACUUGCAAUGCAAGCUCAUUGCCUCGAAGCAGUGGCAGCACAUACCCGUGGAACGUACCCAAACAGAUGUUAUUGCAGAACAGCGGUUCGGCCCUGAUCCCAACAAUUUCAACUCGGGCAUGGUACCGUAUGAAGCCAACUUGCAAUACAUUGUCAACCAACAGGACAAACGCACUCAAUUCAUUGUGGAGCGCAUGAUACAUUGGGCUCAAAUCGACCGCCGCGUCAACAUGACUAUUGACCAGGCUUGUGAAGCUCUGAACAAGCUACUUUUUCGUCACGGACUUGCCGCUUCGGGUUCCCAAGUCACCGCGGACGAGGUUCUGGGAUCAUGCGGCCCUCUAAUUAGGCUUGGCGUGGACAAGCGCACAUUUGAACUGGCCCACGAAUCUGUUGCCAGAUACGUGGCUACCAGAAUACCCCCUGAUAAACCGGAACUGGCGCCCUUUCGCACAGACAGAGACAAGUUGGAGCAGAUGAGGGAAGAACUAGCAAGAGUUUGUUUCGAAACCCUGAGAGAGCCGAGCCUCGUAUGGAUGCCGUCAACACUCUCACAAGACCAAGAGCGUAUCAAACGCCGAGACGAGCAAAGUCCGCUCUAUGGCCUCGCCGCGUCUCACUGGCACAAUAUCUGCCAUUCAGAUUGGGGAGACGAUGUCACAGACGAAUUCAUGUCUCCCGUAUUCCAGACUGGGACUGCCGCUUUUGCAAAUUGGGUACUAGAGCACCGUCGUCGACGUUUCAUACAUUCACUGCCGCCUUUUGCGGCCCCUGUGUGGGGUGAGCAUCCCAGUCUUCCUGCAACGUUGUACAAUCAACUUGCCGCAGAGCUGGCGGGCUCGUCCAUAACAGCAUUACAUAUAGCUGCCGCAUUUAGCAAACCCAAUCUAUGUAAUAGCAUCAGGAAACAGGAUGCGGCAAGUUCCGCCAACACAGCAAGCGAACUGAUGGGGUCCGCGCUCCAUUGCGCCCUCGUCGGUCGAGCAGCUUUGGCGUUUGGUCUCGACGAGCCUCCUUGGCGAAGAUAUGGUCAUUAUGAUAGGGGAAAUGAGUACUACGAUGUUGGCACAGACCGGUGGAGUCUGGCCACGACGAUAUCGUGUCUCUCGGACAGGUGCAUGGCGAUAUGGCAUAAAUCGGGCCUUCAUGCGCCGGCUGGGCAGAGGGACACAUUUUCCAUUGCGGCAGACUUACUCGCGGCAUGCUUUUGGAUGCAAGAUGGGGACUUGUUCAUCAGCAUAAUGGAAAAGGGCAAGCCGUUGGCUCCCGUAAUCGAUAGAGGCUUCGUUGAGGCGAUGCGGAACAGGUGGUUCUUGAUGCGGCCACAUAGCUUACAGGAACGACCUGUACCGGCGAUUGUGUUUGACGACUUGAGGGAAUUUAUGAAUGAUGUACACUUUUAUCUGAUGCAAAGGGUGCGUAGCGAAUUGAACACCGGCGAUCUUCCGGAUGACGAGAGGGUUCUGUUGGAGGAGCUUCAAGCAGCGCUUGUAAACAACAUGAUGGAGAACACUUUAGAAUGUGGCCAGGCAUUCGGUAUCCUGCAAGAAGAGUCCUAA